AUGCUUCCAGUGCAACCACCGAAAUCUGCCAAGUCCACUCUGAACAUCUCUCUAGACCGUGAGAAACAGACUGCAAGAAACAUUAUCGGGGAGAAUCAGCGUCAAGAUAUGGCAAGAUCUCCAGAUGGCGAAGACGUCAGGACGCAAGCGACCCAAAUCCCAGAGAAGAGGGAAGAGGAUGAGCCCCUACUACAGGAGAACUCCAAUCGCUUCGUCAUCUUUCCUAUACAGAACCACGACAUCUGGUUCAUGUACAAGAAGGCCGUGGCGUCAUUCUGGACAACGGAGGAAGUAGACAUAGGUAAGGACUUGGACCAUUGGAGGAGUCUCACUGACAACGAAAAACACUUCAUCAAGUACAUUUUGGCAUUCUUUGCAGCUAGUGAUGGUAUCGUCAGUGAGAAUCUGGUAGAGAGAUUCUACAAAGAGGUGCAAUUGACCGAGGCCAGGUGCUUCUAUGGCUUCCAGAUUGCCAUUGAGAACAUCCAUUCUGAAAUGUACAGUCUCUUGAUCGACACCUACAUUGAGGAUCCGCAUGAGAAAAAGCAUCUGUUUAAUGCAAUCGAGACCACACCUUGUGUAAAGAAGAAGGCUGAGUGGGCCCUCAGGUGGAUUGGAGACCUGCGAGCCACUUUUGGGGAACGUGUGGUUGCUUUCGCAGCUGUGGAAGGGAUCUUUUUCUCUGGGUCCUUUGCAGCUAUAUUCUGGUUGAAGAAGAGAGGAUUGAUGCCAGGGCUGACUUUCUCCAACGAGCUGAUCAGCAGAGAUGAGGGGAUGCACACUGAGUUUGCCUGUCUGAUGUUUAGCCACCUGGUUAACAGGCCAAGCGAGGCAGAUAUUCACCAGAUUAUAGACAGUGCCGUCAAGAUUGAGCAAGAGUUUUUGACAGACGCCCUUCCCGUGAAGCUGAUUGGGAUGAAUCAAGACCUGAUGAAACAGUAUAUUGAGUUUGUAGCAGAUAGAUUGUUGGGAGACUUGAUGUGCAGCAAGAUUUACAACACUGAAAACCCCUUUGACUUCAUGGAGAACAUCUCCCUGGAGGGCAAGAGCAACUUCUUUGAGAAGAAGGUGGGAGAGUACCAGAAGAUGGGGGUGAUGUCCUCCUCUGAUCAGCAGAAUUUCACGUUGCAUGCUGACUUUUAA